AUGACCAUGUCUCCACAUCCAAACUCUGGCCUGGCUCAUCUCUCCAUCUUAGCCCUGCUCCUCCCCUUCACUCUAUCAUCCCGAGCUCCCCCUCACCACCUCCCCUCACUGGUGCCCCAUGCACCCCUGCCCCUCUCCCGCUCUCGCUUCAGUUCCCAGACUCAACUGGACUUCACCACUCACUGCAAUGCCAGCUGCUACAAGGGAGAGCAAGAGAGCAGGCGAGAGCACUUGACUGAGCAGCUGGCCUUCGAGACGCUCUACGCAGACGGUUCUCGUACCCUCACCACUGUGGAUGUGGAGGAUGAUUAUGAGGGCACCAUCAGUCCUGCCAUUCAACCUCCACCAACGAGAGGACGUAGAGUUACAAGUAGGCACAGGCGUCAGAAACGACAGAUCUACGGGGCUGAUGGGCGCUUCAACAUCCGCGGUGACCACUUCCUGUUGGACUACCCAUUCUCCACAGCUGUGAGGAUCUCCACCGGCUGCACCGGGGUCCUAGUAUCUCUACGCCAUGUCCUGACCGCCGCCCACUGUGUGCAUGAUGGGAAGGAUUACGUCAAGGGAGCCCGUAAGCUGAGGGUAGGUUUCCUGACUCCUCCGUACAUCAACGGCACCAAGCCCAGCCAGACCCCCACCAAGAAGCCCCUGGUGCGCUGGGUCCGGGUCAAACGCACCCGUGUCCCCAAGGGCUGGAUCCAGGGCCCCCAGGAGGUCAGCAUGGACUUUGACUACGCCCUCCUGGAGCUGCGCUGGCCUCACCGCCGGCCCUUCAUGCGUCUGUCUGUGGCUCCCUCCUCUGACGACCUGGCAGGGAAACGCAUCCACUUCUCUGGGUUUGACAGUGACAGGCCUGGGGAGCUGGUCUACCGCUUCUGUCCUGUAGAGGACGAGUCUAACGACCUGAUCUACCAGCACUGUGAUGCCCGGCCGGGGGCCAGCGGCUCGGGGGUGUACGGCCGUGUGUGGGACACGACUCUGGAACGCUGGGAGAGGAAAGUCAUCGGCAUCUUCUCUGGACACCAGUGGCUGGAGAUUGAUGGGGAGAACCGCGACUACAAUGUGGCUGUGAGAUUCACCCCGCUGAAGUUUGCCCAGAUCUGUUACUGGGUGCAUGGGAACCGAGUGGACUGUAGUCAGGACUGA